AUGCUGCAGCAGACUGCUGCGUUGCAGCAGCAGCAACAGGCGCCACCGCUGCAGCAGCAGCAGCGACAACAGCAGCAGCAGCAGCGGCAGCAGCAGCAACCUCAGCCAGAACAAUCAACAACAGAACCGCAGCAGCAGCAGCAGCAGGAAGAAGCUGAAAGGCCACAGCGGCACUCUCUGCUGCAGCCGCAGCCUUCGCCAGCGCAGCAGCAGCAGCAGCAGCAGCAGCAACAGCAGCAACAGUUGCUGCUGCAGCAGAACGACUUGCUGCUGUGCCAUCCGCUGAAGCGGCUGCUGCAUCUUCGGGCAGCAGUAGAGCCGCAGCUGCUGCAGUUCUUUGGUGUCCCUGUGCUGCUGCUGCAGCAGCUCAACGCUGACAACUGCUGCUGCUGCACUUCUUGUUGCUGCUGCGGGCUGCAGCAAACGCUGCUGCACCGUCAGCAGCAGCAGCAGCAGCAGCAGCAGCAGCAGCAGCAGCAAGAACAGCAGGACCAGGAAUCUGGGAAGGUCGAAGGGCCCAGCAGCAGCAACAGCAGCAGAAGUAACAGCAGCAACAGCAAGAGCAGCGACGGCAGCACCAGCUGCAGCAGCACUAGUUGGAGCAGCAGCAGCAGCAGCAGCAGUAACAGCAGCAGCAGCCGCACACAUUUUCCUGCAGCACCGUCUCUGGCAGAUGCUGCGGCAGCAAACGCAGCAGCAGCAGCAGCAGCAGCAGCUGCUGCAGCAGACUCUGCAGCUUUCAAGUCACCGUGGAUGAGAGAUGCAGCAAGUCCAACAGCAGCAGCUGGGCAUCCCUUUUUCGCUGUUUCUGCUGCUGCUGCCGCUGCUGCUGCUGCUGCUGCUGCUGCUGAGGCAGCAGAACUAGACGCCUUUGCUGCUGCAACGAGCACUGAGUGCAGCAGCAGCUGCUGCACUUGCACUGAAGCAGCAGCGGCAGCAGCAGCAGCAGGAAGCACGGGCAAAAGGAAGCGGCUGCUGCUGCUCACGUCCCGAGCAGCAGCAGCAGCAGCAGCAGCACUUGAGUGCAGCAGCAGCAGCAGCAGCACCAAGUCGGAGGUUCAGCAGUAUGCGCAGCUGCUGCUGCUGCGCUCGCAGCUGCUGCUGCUGCCGACCCCACAGCUGCAGCACGGAAACGUUGUGGUCUUUGCCUGCGACUGGCUGCUGCUGCUGCAGCGGCUGCUGCAGCAGCAGCAGCGCGGCGCUGCAGCAGAUGCAGCAGCAGCAGCAGCUGCAGCAAUUAAAGGAAAGCAGGCAGAAACUCCCGCUCUCAAGCAGAGCAGCAAAAGGUUGCUGCUGCUGCCUGCUGCGCUGCCGCGGCAGCUGCUGCAGCUCUUUCGCUUCGUGCUGCUGCCGCUGCAGCAGCAAGGCUUGCUGCAGCAGCAGCAGCUUCUGGCAGCUUUCAAAGGCUAUUUGCUGCAGUGGAGGCGGCGGCGUUUGGCCGCUGCUGCUGCGCUUUCAGAGGCAGCAGAAAUAGCAGCAAAUGCAGCAGCAGCAGCAGCUGCUGCUGCUGCUGCCGCAGCAGCAGCAGCUGCUGCGGGACCUGCCACGCAAACCUGUGGCCGUAAGCGACAGAGGCAGCAGACAGCAUUAAGAACAGGAACAGCAGCAGCAGCAGCAGCAGCAGCAGCAGCAGCAGCAGCAGCAGCAGACCAUUCAGCAGAAGCAGCAGCAUCUGCAGCAGACCGUUCAUCAGAAGCAGCAGCAGCAGCAGCAGCAGCAAGAGCAGCGCAGCAGCAGCUUAGGGACGUGCAGGCAGCAGCAAAGCGGCUGCUCUCCCUUGCAGAGGAACUUGCCCUCUGGCGGCUGAUGAAACUGCAGCAGCAGCAGCUGCAGCAGCUGCAGCAGCAGCAGCAGCAGCAGCAGAAGCAGCAACAGCAGCAGAAGGGCGGCGACUGCGGUUCAACAAAUGCCGCUGAGCCGCUCAGCAGCAGCAAUAGCAGCAGCAGCAGUAGCAGCAGCCGCAAUAGCAGCAGCAGCAAUAGCAGCAGCAGCAAUAGCAGCAGCAGCAAUAGCAGCAGCAGCAGCAACAACGGCAGAGCUUUCGAUGAACUGAGGCAGCAGCAGCAAAAGAAACAAGAGGAGCUGCUGCUGGAAAUGCUUAGAAGCAGCAGCAGCAGCAGCAGCAGCAGCAGCAGCAGCAGCAGGACUCUCUCGGCCUUUUGCUGCCCCAGCAGCAAGUUGCUGUUUGGGGGCCCCCACAGAGUUCCCUGCGUAUUAUGUGCGCAGCAGCAAAAGGAAGCUGCUGCUGCUGGUUUGCUGCUGCUGCUGCAGGGCCUUGGUUUGCUGCGGUGCCCCCCCCUGUCCGGGCAGCAGCAGCAGCAGCAGCUGCUGCUGCAGCAGCAGCAGCAGCAGCCGCUGCUGCUGCUGUCGCUGCCCACUAUCGGGCCCCUGUGCCUGUGGCUGCAGCAAGGGGAAGCAGAGCUGCUGCAGCGGCUGCGGCGGACGCAGCACAAAGAGCUGCUGCUGCAGCAGCUGCAGCAGCAGCAGCAGCAGCAGCCCCUCAAGGCCUGCGGCUUGGGCCUUCGCUUUUUGCUGCUGUUUUUGAUUGGCUGCGGAAGGCUCAGGUGUGUCUCGCUGCCUCCCACCAACCAGCUGCUGCUGCAGAUCCCCUAA